AUGUCUGAUUUAUGUCCAGUUUAUGCCCCAUUUUUUGGUUCUAUUGGUUGUGCAGCAGCCAUCGUUUUCACAUGUUUUGGUGCCUCAUAUGGUACUGCUAAGUCCGGUGUAGGUAUCUGUGCCACAUCUGUCACCAGACCAGAUUUAUUGGUUAAAAACGUUGUUCCAGUUGUUAUGGCCGGUAUCAUUGCCAUUUAUGGUUUGGUCGUGUCAGUCUUAGUUUCUGACUCUUUAAGUCAAAAACAAGCCUUGUAUACUGGUUUUAUUCAAUUAGGUGCUGGUUUAUCUGUUGGUUUAUCCGGGUUAGCUGCCGGUUUCGCCAUUGGUAUUGUUGGUGAUGCCGGUGUCAGAGGUACUGCCCAACAACCAAGAUUGUUUGUUGGUAUGAUCUUGAUUUUGAUUUUCGCCGAAGUUUUAGGUUUAUACGGUUUAAUUGUGGCCUUAUUGUUAAACUCAAGAGCUUCUCAAGACGUCACUUGUUAA